AUGACCACUGCAAAGAGAGCCACCGGUGAUCAAGUGACACCAGAUCAAGCUAUCACAAAGAAACAACAAACUCAGUUUAAAACUACAGAAAAUGGAGAUAUCAAACAAUCUUUUGGCCCUGGUAUAUUUGACCAAGAUUUUAGAGAUUCUUUAAAACAAAGUAUUAGUGAUUCUCAACCUUAUAGAUGGGGUACUAUUAGAGAUUUGAUUGAUGAUACAUUAUUAAGAAAUGUUCGUAAAGAGGUUGAAAAUGAAAUUCAUUUCACUAAAAAAGAAACAGAUAUUUAUAAAGUUUUCCAAAGUGGUGAUUUAGCUAAUCUUUCCGGUUUAGAUUGGGAUGAUUUAUCAAGAUUACCUUCUUUAUUCAAAUUAAGAGAAGCUAUGUAUUCUCAAGAAUUUAGAGACAUGAUUUCUGAAGUUACACAAUCUGGUAAAUUAAGUGGUGUUAAGACAGAUAUGAGUGUUAAUACUUAUACAAAAGGUUGUCAUUUAUUAACUCAUGAUGAUGUUAUCGGUUCCAGAAGAGUUAGUUUCAUUCUUUAUUUACCAGAACCUGACAAGACUUGGAAAGAACAUUAUGGUGGUGCCUUACGUUUAUUCCCUUCGAUUGUUCCAAAUGUUCCAAAACCUGAUCCAUCAGUUCAAUUAGUACCACAAUUUAAUCAAAUUGCAUUUUUCACUGUUCAACCUGGUUUAAGUUUCCAUGAUGUUCAAGAAGUUAGAGUUGAUAAACAAAGAUUAUCAAUCCAAGGUUGGUAUCAUAUUCCACAACCUGGUGAAGAUGGUUAUAUUGAAGGUGAACAAGAAAAAUAUGAAGGUAGAUCAACUUUACAACAAUUAGAAUCAAAAGAAUUAGAAGUUUUCGAUUUCCCAAAAGAAAUUAGAAUCCCUUUUCCAAAACAUGAAAUUAAAAAUUAUGAAAUUGAUGAAUUAAAAUUAAAUGAAUUUGAUUUAACUUAUUUAUCAAAAUUUAUGAAUCCUGCAUUAUUAAUACAACAAGAAAUUUCAAAAUUACAAAAAAUCUUUAUUGAAGAAUCUCUUGUUGAUAUUCAAGAUAUCUUAAAUGAAUCAUAUGCAGAUGAAUUGAAGAAACAAAUAAGGACAACAGAAUUAGAUGAAAUCAUGCCAAAACAUCAAGAUCAAAUUGAAUUUCCUUGGAAAUUAUCUUUACCACCUCAUAAAUGGCGCUAUAUGUAUUUAGAUGGUAAACAAGAAGAAAAUUUAACAGAAUCAGGUGUUGAAUUAGCAAAUAAUGGACCACAAAACUCACCAAAUUUUGAAUUAUUAGCUAAAACUACAAAUCAUAAGACAUCAUUAAAAUUAAUUGAAUUAGCAAAUUUUUUGAAAAGUGUUAGUUUUAAAAAAUGGUUAAGUUUAAUAACUGAUCUUGUACCAGUUUCUGAUCAAAUCUUAGUUAGAAGAUUUAGACCAGGUCAUGAUUUCAAAUUAGCUACAUCUAUAAAUAAUGAAGAUUCAGAACUUGAUGCCCUUUUAGAAGGUACGCUAUGUUUAACUCCAUCUAAAGGUUGGGAAAGUGGUGAAUUUGGUGGGUAUGAAUUAGGUCUUGUUACUGAAGAUGCUCAAGAAGAUGAUGAUCCUGCAAUUUAUAAAGCUUCAAAAGAUGAAGAUGAUUCUGUUGUUGUUAAUAAUCAAGCAAGUUGGAAUAAUUUUUCAUUAAUGUUGAGAGAUCCUUCAGUUUUAAAAUUCAUUAAAUAUGUUAGUUAUAAUGCUAAAGGUAGUAGAUGGGAUAUUUCAUGUCAAUGGAAUGUCAAAACAAAAGGUGAUGAUGAUGAUGAAGAUGAUGAAGAAGAAGAAAAAUAA